AAGAAGACUGAAACACAUCCCCUCAAAGCGGUUUGACCAUCACAGCCACUAACAUGACGGACGGUCCCAGACAACGCGGCAGCACGGCGGGCUCCGCCAAGGAUGCUGCCGGAGACAACUCGUCCGAGGGAGGGGUCGAGCUCAAGAAGUCCAUCGGGCUUGUGAGCGCCUGUGGCAUCAUUGUUGGUAACAUCAUCGGCUCGGGUAUCUUCGUCAGUCCGAAGGGCGUGCUGGAGAACGCCAGCUCCGUGGGCGUGGCCCUGAUCGUCUGGAUCAUCACCGGCGUCAUCACCGCCAUCGGGGCGCUGUGCUACGCCGAGCUGGGCGUCACCAUCCCCAAGUCGGGAGGAGACUACUCCUACGUGAAGGACAUCUUCGGAGGCCUGGCCGGGUUCCUGCGUCUGUGGAUCGCCGUGCUGGUCAUCUACCCGACCAACCAGGCUGUGAUCGCGCUGACCUUCUCCAACUACGUCCUGCAGCCGCUGUUCCCCACCUGCUUCCCCCCGGAGAGCGGCCUGCGUCUGCUGGCUGCCGUCUGCCUCCUGCUGCUGACGUGGGUGAACUGCUCCAGUGUGCGAUGGGCGACCCGGGUGCAGGACAUCUUCACCGCCGGCAAGCUGCUGGCCCUCGCCCUCAUCAUCAUCAUGGGCAUCGUGCAGAUCUGCAAGGGAGAUUACUACUGGUUGGAGCCAGCCAACGCCUUCGAGCCCUUCCAGGAGUACGACGUGGGAUUGAUAGCCCUAGCCUUCCUACAAGGCUCCUUCGCCUACGGGGGCUGGAACUUCCUCAACUACGUCACGGAGGAGCUGGUGGACCCCUACGUGAACCUGCCCCGCGCCAUCUUCAUCUCCAUCCCCCUCGUGACCUUCGUCUACGUCUUCGCCAACAUCGCCUACGUCACGGCCAUGAGUCCUCAGGAGCUGCUCGCCUCCAACGCAGUGGCUGUGACGUUCGGUGAGAAGCUGCUGGGAGUCAUGUCGUGGAUCAUGCCCAUUUCUGUGGCUCUCUCCACCUUCGGGGGGGUCAACGGUUCCCUCUUCACAUCUUCAAGGUUGUUCUUUGCCGGAGCCAGAGAGGGUCACCUCCCCAGCCUGCUGGCCAUGAUUCACGUGAAACGCUGCACUCCCAUCCCGGCUCUGCUCUUCACCUGCCUGUCCACUCUACUCAUGCUGUGCACCAGUGACAUGUACACCCUCAUCAACUACGUGGGCUUCAUCAACUACCUCUUCUACGGAGUCACAGUCGCCGGGCAGAUCGUCCUGCGCUUCACACAGCCCGACAUGCACAGGCCGAUCAAGAUCAGCCUGAUUUGGCCGGUCAUCUACCUCGUGUUCUGGGCCUUCCUGCUCAUCUUCUCCCUGUACUCCGAGCCCCUGGUGUGCGGCAUCGGCCUCCUCAUCAUGCUGUCCGGCGUGCCCGUCUACUUCCUGGGAGUCUACUGGGACAAGAAGCCACAGUGCUUCCAUCGCCUUGUCGACAAGAUGACCUACCUGGGCCAGAAGUUUUGUGUGGUCGUGUAUCCGGCCAUGAGCAGCAGCGGCAGCAGCGGGAGCGGAGAGGAAGGAGAGGAAAUGAAGGAAGCCCUUGCUCCUCUGUCCAAGGAGGACGGGGACAACCACAAGUCAGCGGACUGCUAG